CUUUGAUCUGAAGCGUGGCUAUAAACAGGUGUGUUACCUGUGCACAGGUGUUCACACCAUGGCUGCACAAACCUCCUUCAGAACAGGACUAUUAGUUUUAAUUUUCAUUAAUGUUUUCAUUCACAGCUGCUCCUCUGAUGGCCCGGUGGAAGAAGAGGAUCCACUGUUUUGGAACGUGAAAGGAAAAGAGGCACUGAUUGCGGCUCUGUCCCUGAAACCAAACGUCCAGCGCGCUAAAAACCUCAUACUCUUCCUGGGAGACGGAAUGGGCAUCAGCACUGUGACAGCCGCACGGAUUCUCAAGGGUCAGUUGGCUGGAAAAACUGGGGAGGAGAACAUGCUGACCAUGGACACAUUCCCACAUCUGGCUUUAUCCAAGACCUACAAUGUGGACCAGCAGAUGCCGGACAGUGCUGCCACAGCGACGGCAUAUCUGUGCGGUGUGAAGGCGAACUACGGCACUUUGGGCCUCAGUGCGGGGGCCCGGCGCUCCCAGUGCAGCUCACAGAAGGGCCACGAAGUCUAUUCAGUCCUGCACCGGGCCAAAGCCGCAGGGAAGUCUGUUGGCAUUGUGACCACCACGAGAGUCCAGCAUGCCUCACCUGCAGGAAACUACGCCCACAUCAGUGAGCGAGACUGGUACAGUGAUGCUAAACUGUCGUCUAGUGCGGCGGCUGCAGGCUGCACAGACAUCUCCUACCAACUCGUCCACAACACCGACAUCAAUGUUAUUCUAGGUGGGGGGAGGCAGUAUAUGCUCCCUCAAGGCACCCCUGACCCUGAGUACCCUUCCAAGACUGGAGAGCGACUGGACAAGACGAACCUCAUUGACAAGUGGCUCGAAAACAGAAGCAAUGCCAAAUAUGUGUGGAACAAAGCUCAGCUGGACGCUGUAAAUGAUAUUGACACGGACUAUUUAAUGGGUCUGUUCGAGCCAGGGGACACGCGGUAUGAGCUGGACCGGAACUCGGAAACUGACCCCUCCCUAACGGAGAUGGUGGAGAAGGCCAUUAAGAUCCUCAGCAAAAACCCAAAAGGGUUCUACCUGUUUGUAGAAGGAGGUAGAAUUGACCAUGGUCAUCAUGCCAGUGAAGCCAAACGGGCUCUGUACGAGGCGGUGGAGUUCGACAGGGCCAUCACGAGGGCGGGCGAACUGACCAGUGAACUGGACACCAUGUCUGUGGUCACUGCUGACCACUCUCACGUCUUUUCCUUUGGGUCCAGCUCUCCGAGGGGCAACCCCGUCUUAGGACUGUCCACUAAAAUCGGCACCGACGACAAACACUUCACCACGGCUCUCUAUGGGAACGGACCGGGAUUCUCCAUCGUCAACGGAACACGGCCGGACAUUAACUCUACCAUCACAGGUGCGACUGAUUAUAAGCAGCAGUCUGCUGUUCCUCUCUCGUCCGAGACCCACGGCUCUGAGGACGUGGCUAUUUUCGCGAAGGGUCCGAUGUCCCACCUGUUCCACGGAGUGCAGGAGCAGAGCUACAUCGCCCACGCCAUGGCGUACGCCGGCUGCAUCGACCCGUACACCGACUGCGCCCUGGAGCUGGCUCCAGAGCCGACCCCAUACCCGAACCACGCCUCGUCCGUCCAGCUCAGCCUGGUGACGCUGCUGCUGCUCGCUCUGCUGACCACUAUUAACCUCAUCUAACUCCAACAGAACCAGAAACAAUCCGCAUUAUCUUUAUUUAUCACUUAUUCCCACUCAGAUGAUAUGACGUUAUAAAGAGUGCCACUGUGCUGCGUUAUGUCCAGAUUCUGCUUUAUUAGCCCUUUAAUAUCAUAUCUGAUAAUGAAGCCCAGCUUCAACAAUUUAAACUGUUGUUUUCAUUUUCACUAAAUUCCUCUGUGAGGACUAAAUCAACUCACCUGCAUUAAAGCGGCUAUAGGACGUCAGACGGCGUCAGCGGGAACUGCAGACUGCUGCUUAUUUCUAUGAUGUUAAUAAACAUUAUAUGAAUGAUAAAAGGCCAAACAUGCACACUGAUCAUUUCAGUCUGAUGAACUUAUACAUUUGUAAGCUGUAUAUUUUGUAUACAGUUGCCUUUUCUGUGUGUAGCAGUCACAGGUCGCCAAACAGUAACAUAGAAUAAAGUUUGAUCAAUCAAUCAAUCAAUCAA